GGCAUUCAGCAAACGGGGCCCCUCAGCUGAACAACUCCUGCUCUGUGGACAGGAAUGACUGGUGUCCGUGAUAACCGCUACAGUGCUGUAUCCUCAGAAGAAAACGGGUUGAGGUUGUCAACCAUGCCAGGGAUCAACGGCUAUGGCAAUGGGAAGAUCCACACCAGGAGGAAGUGCCGCAGUCGUUUUGUGAAGAAGAACGGCCAGUGCAAUGUCCAGUUUGCGAAUAUGAGCGACAAACCCCAGCGGUACAUUGCUGACAUCUUCACCACGUGCGUGGAUGUCCGCUGGCGCUACAUGCUGCUGAUCUUUUCACUAGCCUUUGUCAUCUCAUGGUUGGCUUUUGGCCUGGCAUUCUGGCUCAUUGCGCUGAUACACGGUGACCUCGAGAACCCUACUGGUGACGACACUUUCAUGCCCUGCGUUUUGCAGGUGAAUGGAUUCAUCGCUGCCUUCCUUUUUUCCAUUGAAACCCAGACAACCAUCGGGUACGGUUUCCGCUGUGUGACGGAAGAGUGUCCAUUGGCGAUCUUCUUGGUGGUCUUCCAGUCCAUCGUAGGUUGCAUCAUAGACUCGUUCAUGAUUGGUGCCAUAAUGGCUAAGAUGGCACGGCCGAAGAAACGAGCCCAGACGUUACUUUUUAGCCAUAAUGCGGUUAUAGCCAUGAGGGAUGGCAAACUCUCUCUUAUGUGGCGGGUUGGAAAUCUGAGGAAAAGUCACAUAGUGGAAGCCCAUGUCCGGGCUCAGUUAAUCAAGCCACGGAUCACUGAGGAAGGAGAAUAUAUACCCCUUGACCAGAUUGACAUUGACGUGGGUUUUGAUAAAGGAUAUGAUCGUAUAUUCUUAGUUUCCCCAAUAACUAUUCUCCAUGAGAUUGAUGAGGAAAGUCCACUGUAUGGUAUUAGUAAGCAGGACCUGGAGAUGGCAGAUUUUGAAAUAGUGGUAAUCCUUGAAGGAAUGGUGGAAGCUACGGCGAUGACCACACAAGCUCGCAGCUCCUAUUUGGCCAGUGAGAUUCUAUGGGGCCAGCGAUUUGAACCAGUGCUGUUUGAGGAGAAGGACCAGUAUAAAGUGGACUAUUCACAUUUCCAUAAAACCUAUGAGGUGCCCACAACCCCUCGAUGCAGUGCCAAGGAACUGAUGGAAAGCAAGUUCCUCGUUCCCAGCACAAACUCCUUCUGCUACGAGAAUGAGUUGGCUUUCAUGAGCCGAGAUGAGGAAGACGAGGGUGAUGAUGAUGACAGUAGGGUCUUGGAUGAUCCAAGCCCAAACAGCAGUCGACAUGAAUUUGACCGAUUACAGGCAACUUUAGCGUUGGAUCAAAGGUCUUACAGAAGAGAGUCUGAGAUAUGACCUUUGACUGUUGUAAUGACCUUUUUUUUUCUCAAAUGUAAGGAAUGGGUUACCAAUCAUCACGAGUGCCAUAAAGGAUUUUAAAGCUUGCAUAGAAUUAGGAAUUUGAUUGUAAUGGUGGAGGGAAUUCUCACAUAUGAAGCCUAUCUGAAUGGUAAAUGAGUUAACAUUCGAUGUGAGUAAAGAUAGAAUUAUUACUGUCAUGCUUUUUAGAAGAUUAUGUAACAUUGAUAAUUACCUUCCAAUGGAUUAAAACUUAAAUGUAGAAGGUCAAGGGAUUGGUUCGAGGAAGACAUUGGAUCCAGUGUUGUUGGUGAUGUGUGCAACAAUGAGCUUUAAGAAAAAUAGAACUAGAACAAAAUCAUGUUUAGACUUGCAAAUAGGCAAUUUCAACUUGUCAGACCAGAUUUAAUACUCCUUCAGGGGUUUCUGUUUUCAAUGUUUUGACACUUUCCUUUGAAAGAAGGUAUCUUUGUACCAGCUGGCAAAUGAACAGAGAGCAGAGAUGGAAACUAAGCCCUGCAUCGAUCCAGCCACAGAGUGCACAUGGUUGUAUGUCAGCAAGCACAAUUACCUGUGCACUUCGCUGGUAUGCAGAGCUAGACAUUGGAUGAGGUGAAAAUUGCGCAAAGCUCCUGAGGCAUACAAAAGAAUAUGUCAUCGCGCUCGAGGUGUCACAUCAAUGUCAGUCAAGCAGAAUACAUUUUUGUAAAAAAUAAAGUUCUUUAUCUUUAAAUACAAAAUGCUUCACAAAAUUAUACUAUUGUACAGACCCAGCCAGACUGAGUGCUAUUAUAUAUAAUGUAUAUGCCUAGCUAAGGAGAGUGCUGAUCCCAUAUAUUUUAUAUAUAGAUACAUGCAUAUGCACACACACAUACACACACACACAUAUGCAAUAUGUACACUGUACAGUUGGGAGGAUUAGUGUUCUACACUGUAUAGACUUAGCCUGGCUGAGUGCUAUGGUUAAUUACUAUCAGGGGGUAAUUGAAGGGGAAGGAAUACCUGGAGGGAUAGCAUUUUUCCACAUUAAGAUGGAACUAAAAGGAAUUCAGCAAGGAACAACUCCCAAUGUGCAGCAUCAGUGGUUGGGAGCUGAGGGUGGAAUAUUGGCCAUUCACUGUCAUAGCUUUAAGUCUACAUUCUCCUCUAACAAGGCCCUGUUCUGUGUAUGGGGGAAACCACAGAAUUACUCCUGUGAUGUUCAGGCUAGAAUUUUGAUUGGUAAUUGUUUUUUUACAAAAAUGCCAAAUUGCAUGGAAGCACCCAGAGUGAGGUGCUCCACGCUGCCAGGCUGCUUUGGUGAGUCCAUCAGUGAGGUGAGCACCUUCACAACCAAGAACAACUACAUAAAGAGCCAAGAUGACCGUGAUUUCAGAGAUGAGUCACGAGUAUUGUGCUCUGCAAAUCCACACCAUCAGCUGGAAGUAUAAGUUUCCCAACUAACUUUAUACUGGGGUCCAACAGAACAGUCUGAAGUCCUGAUUCCCACCAAUUGUUUUUUAAAUUGUCUUCAAGAUUCAGGCAAGGUUGACAUCUAAUGCCUAUCCCUUACCAUUUGUGAAGAUGGGCUGAGCCGCCUUCUUUUACUGCUGCAGUCCAUGUGGUGAAGACUUUCCCACAGGGCCAAGGCUCCUGCUGAAUCACUUCAGAAUGCUGUAGGCCUUUUUGUAAAAACCAUUAACUGAAAAUUCAGGUGAACAAUGCGUAGAUGAGCGAGUACUUUAAACUAAGGUGCUGUUUCCCACCAGGACUUUCCUACCCCUUUGAGGUUUUUGUUGAUUUUAGUGCACUCUUUAGCAUUUGCAAUGCCUUCUGGGAAGGCACAGUCUUUGACACCUGUUGUGUGAAAUCCUUGUACCUACUAUAGGGGUGUGAUACCACUGGGAUGUUUGUGGCUUGUCUCACACUAGGUAACCAUGGUGACAGCAUCAUCAGCUUCUCUGCUGCAGCCUUGCACCUGUAAGACUGAAUUAAUUGCUUUAACUAUCUUCGAUUGUGCUAACCAAUCUUCUUGUUUUGGACGUAGCUAAUCAGCUUAACCUUGCAGUCCCGUUAUUUUGACUUUCCUCCUUUUCUCAAUUUUUGCGAUAUGUCUCAGCAUAGAAGCUUGUGAUUAAAAAAGGUAUUUCUCUUAAAGGGAUAAGGUGAACUUUGACCUCUGUAGAAGUCUUCCUCUUCACCCAGAUUGUAAAUGUAAAGAAUGACUCUGGGUUCUGUUUUAUUUUAUUGGGUGAUCAAAGAAUUUAUUAAAUUAAAGAAUUCUAAUAC